AUGAAGCGCAGGACACACUCAGUUGGUGUGGGUGUGGUGACGUCAAGAUUUGGUGUGUGUGUUGACGUCCAGUUGUGUGUGGUGACGUCAGUUGGUGGUGUGGUGAGACGUCAGUUUGGUGUGGUUGACGUCAGUUUGGUGUGUGUGACGUCAGAUGGUGUGUGUGGACAGAAUUUGUGUGUGGACGUCAGUUGGGUGUUGUGUGACUUGGUGUGGUGUGACGUCAGGUGGUUUUGUGACCAUUUGGUGUUUGUGACGUCAGUUGUGUUUUGUGACGACAGUUGUGUGAGUGACGUCAGUUGGUGUGUGUGUGACGUCAGUGGUGUUGGUGAUGUCAGUUGGUGUGGUGUGACGUCAAUUGGUGUGUGUGACGUCAUUGGUGUGGUGUACGUCAGUGGUGUCUGUGACGUCAUUGUUGGUGUGACGUCAGGUGUGUGUGUGACGUCGUGGUUGUGUGUGACUUGGUGUUUGACGUCCAAUUGGUUUGUGGUGAGAGUGUCAGUUGGUGUGGGUGACGUCAGUUUGGUGGUGUGUGAACGUCAGUUGGUGUCCUGUGACGUCAGGUUUGGAGUGUGA